AAGGUCUUGCUCAUCUUUUGUUAAAAUCAUUCCUCAUAAAAUUAUUUUAACUUUUUUAGGGUAUUAUUGUAGAUGGUAUUGUUUUAAGUUAUUAUUUUCUAGAGGAAGGCAUAUUCUCGGUAUCUUUUCCAGGGUGGAGACUCCAUGUUCUUAGCCACGUAAGGAUAACAGGAUUGGGGAGGCCUCAGGUUCUUGCAGGAUUAAUCUCAUCUUCCCUUAGCUCAUAUACCUAAACUCUACAGUUCUUGAUGUCCUUAAGGUCAACAAGAAAGAAGGCCCCAUCCCUGCAGAAGAAGGAACUAGAGUCCACCCAGGAUGUUAACUGUUGAUGAAAACAUGGAGACCCAGGAUGAGAAACCCCAGAUAUCUAGACCUUCGGAUUCCACGUCCCUGAUUGCUACUACCUCAGCUUCCCAAUUCUUAAGGUCUGAGUUGUUGCCUACCGAGGAAUUGACUGUGAAGAGUCAGAACUAUGACACUCUGCCAACAUACCUUUGGUCUGAUGAAGAGAAUGAAGAAACAUUGGAGACCGUAGAUAAAGAUGAGCCAAAGGAUGAAGCCCCCCACGACCAAUCAUCCUGGGCCAAUAAAAUUGAGUACCUUCUGGCCCAGGUGGACUUCUCUGUGGGGCUGAGCACUAUCUGGCGCUUUCCUUAUCUGUGUUUUCACAAUGGAGGUGGUAAGCCUGGGGACCAGGAAUCAUGGACCCACAGGGGGGUGUGCAUCAUCGUGGGCUUGUACUACAGUGUGCUCGUGGCCUGGAAUCUCUUCUAUUUGGUCCAGUCUUUCCAGUCUCCACUACCUUGGUCACUGUGUCCCUUAAUGAAGAACUCCAGUGGUUUUGAUCCUGAAUGUGCGUGGACAACACCUACCACAUACUUCUGGUACCGGAAGGUACUGAAGGCCACAGAUGAAAUCGAGAUAGGUGGGAUACCAGUCAUGCAUCUCAGUGUCUGUCUCUUUGUGACCUGGUUAAUUAUCUGCAUCUCUACGAGGAAAGGGCCCAAGUCCACUGGAAAGGUGCCAGCCCUGUACUCUGUGGAAGUGUGGCGCCGAACAGGGAACCAGCUCUUUUUGUCCUUGGGCGCCGGCUUUGGCAGCUUCACAGCAGUCAGCUCGCAUAUCCCUCGGUCCAAUAACUGUGUCAUGGAUGCCUUUGCUGUGUCAUUUCUCAACUUGGUUGCCUCAAUGACUACCACGGUGUUUGUAUUUGCUGUAAUGGGUCACUUGGCCAUAAAGAACAACGAAAAAUGUUACUUGACGUGAGCCCAAUCAUUCAUAUGGAGAUCAUCACAGAGACCACUCUUAGAAACAGCCCACAGAACUCAGGGAUGAUGGCUGUCAGUAUGAGGCCCUCAAACUGGGGCAUCCUAAAGCUUAGAAACAUCUGAAUCUCACCAACUCUGUCUCUUUCAGAGGUGCCUUUCUAGUCUAGGAAAGCCCCAAAGUUGGUGGUUUUCAAAGGUGUAUUCACCCCAUUCUUAACCUGGGGUUACCAUGAAAAAAUUAGAGGAUAUGUUCAAGUGAACCAUUAGACCAAAAAAAAAAAAAGGCCCACUGCACCAGGAUGUCCAUAGCCUACUCCCCUUUUUC